AUGGCGAAUUGGUCAGAGCUGACGGUAGAACUGUUGGGUAUGAUUUAUGAUGAACUCUCGAUAUUUGAUUACAUACGUUCCAAAGCCGUCUGUAAACAAUGGAACUUGGUCUGCAAGUUGGAGCACCAUCGUCCUCCGAAGCCACAAGCUCCAUGGCUCAUGCUGCCUGGCGACAAUAAUUCCACAGCCAAGUUCUUCUCUAUCGUCGAGAAGAAGAUUUAUAACAUUCCAUGCCCGGAACCUAUGAUCCGUACAAGGAUCUACAUCGGUUCUCGUCAUGGAUGGCUGACCACUGUGGAUAGACUUUGCAACAUGUACCUUCUGAAUCCACUCACCGGGGCUCAAAUCCCACUCCCUUGUGUGACGACCUUACAAAAUCUAGCCUUUGCUCGAGCUGGGAAUAAGGCUUGGACGUCUAUAAGCUCACCUUAUUGUUACACCGAUAUAAUACAUCACAAUGCCAGAUUCUACACUAUCAAUUAUCAACGUAUAGUUGAGGCAUGGGAGCUCGAUGAACUCGCCAUUAGGCAUAGCAUCAUCAACUCAGACUUGCCUUCGCAUAUUUUCCUUGGGUGCAUAUGCACAUAUUACUUGGUCGAAUCCCUAAAUACUAAUUUGAUGUUGGUAUAUAAGUUCCAAAACGAGUGGAGCCCUACUGAUAACCCUAAGAACAUUAUGUGCAUGGUGUUUUACCUGGACGAGCUGACUCUUAAGUGGACAAGGGUGAAGAGCUUACAUGAGCAAACGUUGUUCUUGGACAAAAAUCAAUCGAUGUGCCUCUCUACGGUAGACUUUCCGGAGUUCAAACAAAAUUGCAUCUAUUAUACUGAUGACAUGUUGGAGUUAUGUGGAUCUUAUAAGUAUACGAAACGUCAUAUCGGAAUAUUCUACUUGGAAGAUGAGAUGAUAGGACUAAUAGAUCAUCUUGGACAUCACUUGAAUUGGCCUCCUUCUCUUUGGUUGACUCCGAAUAGCCGUCGACUUUCCCACACGGUAGGAACGUUGCACGACUAUUGGCGCGGGGACCUUUGUGGUGUUACGCAAAGGUUGAGUAACUGUAGGGUUCAGGACAGGAGUCAGGAAAUUGGCCAGAUACUGGGACUCCUCGUCAGCUCCCUCCCGGAGAACCACGGGAGCUGCGCUGGAUGUACCAACUACGGAAUGAUGUUGCCUGUUUUGAUAGGACAGGAGAGCCGUACUUGCUAUCAAAAUCGACCUGACUCUGAGGGAAUCUAA